AUAAAUAAACAUUUAAAAAUGUACCGAGCUUUGUACGACUAUAAUUCUACGAGGAAAGGAUAUUUGACUUUUGUUAAGGGGGAUGACUUUACUCUGUUAAACAAGAAGCACGGUGAUUGGGUAUUGGCUCAAAAUGGAUUUGGGGAAGUUGGAUAUGUUCCGGCAAAUUAUAUUAGUAAAGAUGAGCAUGCAUCUUUAUCACAAGUGGUCAAGUCUAUAGACAGGGCACUUCAAGCAAUACAUUAUGCUGCAUCAAGCACAGGCAGUCUAACACAUGAACAAAGAGAUAAUCUUAGGUCUCUAACCCAGCACAGAGAACAUGUAUUAAAAAGUGCAAAGACAGAAUCCAGAGAACAUGUAUUAAAAAGUGCAAAGACAGAAUCCAGAGAACGUGUAUUGAAAAGUGUAAAGACAGAAUCCAAAGAAAAAAAAGUACAACAGUCAAUCUCAGAACCAACAAGAAGAACUUCCUCCAAACGAUCAGCACCACCACCACCAGCACGUAGCUCACAGCUUUCCUCUACAGAUAUAUCAUCCUCAUCAUCGUCCACUGUGUCCUCAUCAUCUUCUCCUUCCAUACAGACAGAACUUGAGAGUUCACGUUCUUCAAGCUCUUCAUUACUUUCAGAGGAAUCGAAGCAAAAUGAGACAAAACCUAACAUUACAUCUGGUACCGACUCAUCUCCUAUACAGGGAACAAGAAAUAGAAAUCAUUUGGAAGAUCCAGAUACAGAAAGUCAUCAAUUUAGUGAUGUAGAUGUUAAUGCUGUAGAACCUGAACGGAAGGGGGAACCUAUUCAUUUUGUUGAGCACCAGUUUGAGGAUGUCAACUCACCGACCGGUAACUCGUAUAUUGUAAUAUCUAGAGAAGAUAGUGAAAUGUCAGUGCAGAGAACUCUUCCUGCCAUACAAUUACCAACCAGUCCAUCAAAAAAUGUACAACAUAGUCCGAGUAGAUUUUUAAAGUCACCAUCAGUGAUAAACUUUGAGAGUUUAUCUGUACCUGGUGAAAUGGCUUCAGACAUGGUUGAACAGCUCAGAGAACAUACAGGACUGAGUUACCCUAAAUCUUGCCUAGCUGUAGAGAUUGUCCUUGGUCAGGUGGCAGCUAGACUUCCGCAGAUGGCAUCAGUCAUGGAUAAAAUACUCAUGACCUUCUCAGAGGGUGAAUCUAAGAAUGAAGAAUCUUCCUACGAUGGUAAAACAUUACAGGAUCUAUUAACUAAGCUAACAGAAUGUAAAGAUGAUGCACAACAACGAAGUUGGAGAUUAUUUGAAGAUCAUCAAACUAUAUCAGGAUAUCUAGAAGAGCUGUUGUCUAUACUGGAGAAUGCUAAGUCUUCUGUCUGUAGAAAGGUUGUUGCUAAAGAUAGAUACGAAGCUUUGCAUAAUCUAGUGGAGUACUACCAAAUGGAAACACGGGUUAGUCUGAGAAUGACUUUGCUGAAAUGUUUUGGUGCCAUGUGUGGAUUAGAAGCCUCUAUUGUUUCUAAUCUGUUGUAUUCUAUACUACCGUUAGAACUGGUCAGUGAAAUACAGAAUAAGUAUGAUAAUCUACCAUUACUAUGUUAUGUAGCUAUUGUGUUAUCUAUGAUCCUGUCAACAGGAGAGCCACUGCCUACUAGUCUGUCUGAUCACAUUACCAAAAAGUUUAUUGGUUUUAUGUUUGAGUUGAUAGAAAAGCCACCAAGCCCACAGUUUGAGGAUGAAGCCUCAGAUCAGCUGAUUGUUGUACUUCUGGCAUUAAAUCUUCACUACACAGAACAUACAACAAAUCCUGUCAUGGAAGUACUGGCAGACAAAGGCACUGUUAAAACAUUUACAGAAAAAUUACUGCUUCUUUUUAACAGGGGAGAUGAUCCCGUGAAGAUGUUUGAAUUUCAGUCAUGUCAUCAGAAUUCUGUCAUGAAGUUUGUGACAGAUUUAUACAGAGAUAAAUCUACAUCAAGUCUGCUGUAUACUAAUGAUGCCAAAGUAUUAGUAGAUAUGAUCAUUAGAAUGUUGACAGACUUACAGCCUGGUGAUGAGGUUAGGACAAAUAACCUGAUAUUAGCCAAUCUGUUUGUAGAGAAUUCUGACUAUUUAGAAUACAGACAUAGAGAAUCAGAAUUUUGUAGGUGUCUACACAACAUUCUACAUGAAGAAUCUAGUCAAAUAGAAGAUAAAAAUAUUGUAGCAGAUAUUCUUGACCAAAUACAGGAUUUUACAUGAUAUUAUCUAUGUCUAGGAAAGAAGAAGUUAAUUCUCAUUGGACUCACAUUAAACCCACCAUUAUCAUUGUUAAAAAGUAUUUUUACAUUUUGUUGUUCUAUUGAUCAAAUCAAAACACGUUUUAUGGUACUUUGUUGUUUGAAAAUAGACCUUCUUUAACACAAGCACUAUAAACUUUACAUACUAAUUUUCUAAAUGUACUACUAGCCUUGGAUUCUGGCUCAUUGAUUGUCUGUAGUGGCCAUCCUGGAAUAAUUCAAACACAUAAUAGUAUUUUGCCGAAUGUUUAAAGUUGUGUUUAAACAAAUUGGUGAAAACUUAAUUAGUGUUGCCAUAUUUCAAGAAUUGAUGUAAUCCUUCUAAAAAAUGUACAACUUAAAAAUGUAAAGUAUCAUUGUAUUCCGACUGGCUCUACUACUGUGCCAUGAACCAGGAUCCAUGGCCAAUCCAAUAAAAGAUAAUUUUAAGAUGAGUUUUCCUUUCUUUUGACUACUGAAAGAGAAAUAUUUUUUCCAGCAUUAUGUUUUGCUUACAAUAAUUUGUUUAUAUUGGCUAUACAGACUACAAAAGGCUGAUGUACUUAAGAUAAUUUGUAAUUUUUCUGCAAACAUUCUCCUUAAAACUUAUGUUUACUUUUUAAUCUUUAGUUGUGUUUGACGCAUUUUAAUUGUCACGCAUAUAUUCUUCUUACAAUUAUUCUGAUACAUUCCAAAAUAAUUUUUCCCCAUAUCAACUGCAUAAUGCUAAUUUGUGUUUUUUUGACAAGGAGUGGAUAGUUAUAUUUGCAUAGAAAAAAAACCUUUUCAAUCCUCUAUUUAUCAUUAUAGUUUUUAUGUUUCCAAGUUUACUUUCGACUUGGGAAGGAUGGAUGGUACGCUCAACAUUGAUAUUAAUCUGUGUUUUUCUCCUUUUGUUAACAUUUUUUCUGCCAAUUUAUUUAGUUAACUAAUUUCAAUAACUUUGGCUAGAAUAAAAGUGAAAUUAUUACUACCCAAACUUGGUUAGUUCAUUAUCUUUUUCACAGUAUGUGAUUUUAAACUUGAUAAUGUCGUUUUUGAAUGUACAAUUUAUAAUGUCUUAGCCUGUUAGAUUAUUUUUCCAUAGUUAUCUUAUUGUUUUUGAAAAAAUACUCAUGACCUUAGUGUUCCAGUUUAUGAAAAAUAAAUGUUUCUUUCUAUCAAACUUUGUCUUUGCCAGAACAUUUCUUAUCUCAUGCUGAUGUUUACCUAUGUCGCCCAAUGGCAAAAUAAGGUCUUGUAACUGCUCAACUAUGUCAGUCUGUCUGUUUGUCCCAAAGACCUUGGGUAUGAAAUUUUCAUGAAAGUUUUCUUGGUUUCUAUGAAAUAGAAUGGUUUAAUAUGGUUUAAUAUUUGGUCUACAGCUUGAUUAUGUUGAGUUGUAGCUAGUAAGCAAUAUUGACAUCUGCCGUGCAGCCACUUCCUGUCUUCUGAUAGUUGGAAAUUUUCAACACUCAUUGUACAAAGAAAAUUUUUGUCAAAGAUUUCGUGGCUUCGAUUAAAGGGAAUAAUUGAUUAUGCUUCAGUAUACAUGCUACUUCAAUCAAUUAAUUGCAUGCGAUGACACAGAUCCAGGCUGUGCAUUGGUCUUGUUUUUAUCAAAACUACACUAUGAAUUAAUAGUUUUUACUUAUUCCCAUUCAUUUUUGGGUAAAGAUUGCAUGAAAUACAAUCAAACCCUAUUGUACUGACUUCAUAUCUAAAUCUUCCAAGGUUUAUCACUACCUUUGAUUGUUCAAACAAUAUAGUGCAAUGAAAUGAUCAUUCUUUAGAUCCUAUGCAGUCAAUGUCAUGCAAUUUAUUAAUGAUAUGUUAUACUUAGAUAUUGAAGUAACAAUAUGAUGUAUAUUAGAAUUACCAUACUUGUCAAGAAAACUUUUCUUAAUAUUGAAAAUUUCAUAUUAAGUAAUUCAUGGUGUAUGAAUCGGUUAUAAAAAUAGAUGUACAAUCAUGAACAAAGGAAGAUAACUCCAACUCAAAUUUAUAAAAUUCAUAAAAUUGCAAAAAUUAAGGCAAUCUUUAUCCUUCAGUGCUCACAAGCACAUUGAUUUUUUUUUGUUUACACAAUUCAGUACUUGGUAAAUCUGAAGAUAGGAAAAGCUUAGGUCAACGAAUUGCAUAUCUUUUCAAUGUAUUUUAUACAUGUAUGUAAAUAAUGACCUGUGCCUAGUCAGAAGCAUUUUUUUACAUCUGUUGUUUUUAAGAGAUUUGGUUUAGAUGGCAGAUCGUUGGUAGUCUCUGUUGAAUAUAAUAACUUGGAAGGUUUUAGAGCUUGACAUGGUAUGUCUAUAUUAUUGAAGACCAUAUAAUAUGUCUAUUAUUGAAGUCAUUUGAGUACUGGUAAAUGCUGGUGAUAAAUUGUACAUUGAAAUAAUAAGUAUAGUUACUGUAAAUUCAGAAAUUAAUGCAUGCUUUUAUUAUUGUGAAUCCUUAACUACUUGCCAAAAUGUGAAAUCAAAUUAAUGCGAAAGCUAAAUUUUUCUCAAGAAACUUCACUACCAAAAUUAUGAAUGUGAGGUUUUAUUAUUGCGAACCUGAUACUGUCACAUUUUUGCACUAAUAAAAACAUCUCAAUAAUUUCUGAAUUUACAGUAUUUCUUAUCCAGUACUAAACUUCAAUGGUUUAUGUUUUGAUUGUUGGACUAGUUAUGGUCUGUUAUGGAGGUGUAUACAUGUAUAUCCAGAAUUGUCAACUCUAUACGAAAGGUGUCACUUAAGAGAGAUUACCAAAGGAUAGAUAAUUCUGAUGUUUACUAAAAUUGGGAUCAAUCUUAAUUUGUAUCACCAUCCUUUGGACUUACUUUAUUUCCAGAUGAUUUUGUGAAAAUGUAUAAUUUAUAUAGCAGUAAGAGGAUUUGCAUUUCCUUAUAAACGAUUAAAUUUUUUGUCAGGUUCAUACUUUUACAAAAAAUCUUUUAAAAACCACAAGUAGUGUUUUCAAAUUGUUUUGUUUUAAUGUUUAUCCUUAGUUGUAAUGCCAAUUGCAAAAAAAAAUCAUUUAGAAGAUAUACUUCUGUACCUGUUUGUAUGCAGUGUCCAUAUUUUAUUUUAUUAUUUCUACAAAGCUCACAUUAAUUCUUCAUAUGAUACAUUCAUAUGUGGUAACCAGAUUUUUAUUGUAUAAUUACAUGUACAAGACAAAGUUGAGUCUUUUUUAAGGUUAUGUUUUGUUUUUUGUUAUAUUAUACUUAUAUUAUUUUUAACCUUUUAAUAAUUUGUUGUGAUUUAAAGAAUACCUUCCUUGUGUAAGUACAUCAAAUUUGUUUUGGUUUAUCAAAUCUUCAGAAUUUAAUACCAUUGUAUGUUAUUGUAGUUUCAUUAUGGAACUUUUUGUAUUUGAUUUCUGUUUGCUCUAUAAAUUUUAAUUAAUAAUAAAGGUUAUACCAAUGA